AAGCUCCCCUCUUUCUCUCUCUAAAAUCACCCAACUUUCUCUCUCUAAGCCCAACACGGUUUUGACUAUUUUCCUUUAUUUUUUAAUUAUUAAUUUAAUUUAAUUGAUGAAUUUAUGAGAAAAGGAAAUUAGAUCGCACGAUCCACCAAUCAAAAUCAAAGAAAAAUAAAGAGAGAGAAAAACUUGAAACAAGAAGAACUCAAACAAAAAUAAAAAUACAACAUUUAUUUUUCUCUCUCUUCAUUCUUCUGUUGAUCCAUGGUGUGGUGCAAAUUAGAGAAAAACAAACAGAACCCAUUAGCCUAAAUUGAUUCAUUAUCGGUUCACAAAUUCAAAGUUUUAAUCUUUAUUAAGAGUGUACAUAGAUUGAUUGAUUAUUCAGAAGACCCAUAUUAUAGGUCAAUGUUAAAUCUCCAAUGCUGAGGUCUUUGAAAAGACCAAACAAAAAUCAAGAAAAAAGAAUCGGGGGCAUAAAUUUAUCAAGCAUUCGAAAAACCCAGGAGAGAAUUAGCUCUAAUUUUAUAAUUAUUGGCGGAUCUUUGAAAAGAUUGGAGAAGAGAGAGUGCGGAUCUGAUGGUGGGUGGGGCAUUAUUGGGAUUGAAAAGAUUCAAGAACGAGCUGAAUUCAGGCGGUGUUUGGUGUUGCGGCGGCGGCGGCGGUAGUGGUGUUGGUAGGAUUGAAGAGGUGAGGCUGCAUAAGGAAAGAAUAUGCAGCUUCACAUAUCGCCUAGCAUGAGAAGCAUCACUAUAUCGAGCAGCGGGAAUAAUAACAAUGGGUUUAUUGACUUGAUGAAGAUCAAGGUGGCAGCUCGCCAUAUAUCUUACCGAACCCUUUUUCAUACUAUUCUUAUUCUUGCUUUUCUCUUGCCCUUUGUCUUCAUUCUUACUGCUCUUGUUACCCUUGAAGGUGUCAACAAGUGCUCUUUGUCUUCUUUUGAUUGUCUUGGCAGGCGACUGGGACCAAGGUUCGGUAUAGGGGAUGAUUCCGGGAGGCUGGUUAAAGACUUCUACAAGAUUCUCAAUCAAGUAAACAAUGAGGAAAUUCCAGAUGGUUUAAAGCUCCCAGAUUCUUUUAAUCAGCUUGUGUCUGAAAUGAAGAGCAAGCACUAUGAUGCAAAAACAUUUGCUUUCAUGCUUAGGGCUAUGAUGGAGAAAUUUGAAAAAGAAAUUAGGGAAUCUAAAUUUUCAGAGCUGAUGAACAAACACUUUGCCGCAAGUUCCAUUCCGAAAAGCAUCCACUGUCUCUCACUGCGAUUGACUGAUGAAUAUUCCUCCAAUGCUCAUGCACGCAAACAAUUACCAUCUCCAGAGUUACUUCCUUUGCUUUCUGACAAUUCUUACCAUCACUUUAUUCUGUCAACUGAUAACAUUCUAGCUGCAUCAGUUGUCAUCACUUCUACUGUCCAGUCUUCUAUAAAACCAGAAAAGAUAGUCUUUCAUGUCAUCACUGACAAGAAAACUUAUGCGGGUAUGCACUCAUGGUUUGCACUGAACCCAGCCUCCCCUGCUAUUGUUGAAGUGAAAGGUGUUCACCAGUUUGACUGGUUAACAAGGGAGAACGUUCCGGUGCUUGAAGCUGUGGAGAACCAUAAUAGUAUCAGGAAUUACUACCAUGGGAAUCAUGUUGCUGGGGCCAAUCUCAGUACUACAACUCCACGAAUGUUUGCUUCAAAAUUGCAGGCUAGAAGUCCAAAAUACAUUUCCCUACUCAAUCAUCUCCGUAUUUAUUUACCAGAGCUAUUUCCAAACCUCGACAAGGUGGUAUUCUUAGAUGAUGAUGUUGUCAUUCAGCGCGAUUUGUCUCCACUUUGGGAAAUUGACCUUAAAGGAAAGGUUAAUGGAGCUGUUGAAACAUGUAAAGGAGAAGAUGAGUGGGUAAUGUCCAAGCACUUCAGGAAUUACUUCAAUUUUUCUCAUCCCCUCAUUUUGAAGAAUUUAGACCCUGAUGAAUGCGCAUGGGCUUAUGGAAUGAAUAUUUUUGAUCUCCGUACAUGGAGGAAAACAAACAUAAGAGAAACCUACCAUUCCUGGCUGAAAGAGAACUUGAAGUCAAACCUGACGAUGUGGAAACUCGGUACGCUACCACCCGCAUUAAUUGCAUUCAAAGGUCAUGUUCAUCCUAUAGACCCAUCUUGGCACAUGCUUGGCUUGGGCUAUCAGAAUAAGACCAACAUUGAGAGAGUGAGAAAAGCUGCUGUUAUCCAUUACAACGGCCAGUCAAAACCGUGGCUGCAGAUUGGCUUUGACCACCUUCGACCAUUUUGGACGAAAUAUGUCAAUUACUCCAAUGAUUUUAUUAGGAACUGCCACAUUUUGGAGUCAUAGUUGGUCAAGUAGGUCCAUUAUCACUAGAAUAUAGAGGUGAACAGAAAAAGACUAUUGAAUUUGUGUCACGUCCGUUAAAUCAUGGCACGGGAUUUCUUCAAGAUCUAUUCAAGAAGGGCUAGCAAAAUUUUAUCAAGAAGUGCAAGUGUUUCGAUCUGAAUUCACUGUCAUCCCUCGCACUUGUUCACGAGAAGGCAUACAUCACGAGCACGGGGCAUCAGGUUCAUUUUUUGGAUUUGUAACAUAGCAAUCCGUCAUUUGAUUUUUUGGUCGGAAAAAGAGUUACUAUUAUUGGCCUUCCCCCGGAAGUCUAGCUUGAUUUCUUGGCACAUUUAUAUUCGAAUAAAGCAAUAUACACAGACAAUCAUCUGCUGGCGAAUCAUGCUGAUUGAUGACGGGAAACGGAAGGUUAGAGCAGGUCUUUCACAAGGGCUGGCUUAUUAGCACACAAAUAUUUUAUCCCUUCAAUUAUUUUUUGUUCUCCUGUUGUUUCAUUUUUGUUAGUAUGCCCCAAUUUUUUUUCCAAGUUACUACUUUGAUAUGACAAUGGUGAAUUAUAGGAGUAGGACAUUGGAGAUUGCUCUGUUACAGGUCCCAUUAAAUUGGGGAUUUAUUGUUAGGUUACAUAUCGGUAUUUGUUAUGUACGAUUCACGAAUUGAGAUACAUUUGAAAUGUGCAGAAAAUUCUUUUUCCA